AUGAAAUCACUGUACGGUGCAGUGCUGGACGGUUACGAUACACGAAUUCGGCCGAUCAACAACCAGUCCGCGGCAGUGUACGUGAACACGAAGUUCGUUCCACAGAGCCUGUUAGAAUUCGACACCUCCGAACAGAAAUUCUCGAUGCUCGGGUACUUCCGUAUCACGUGGAUUGAUGAGGUGAUACGUUGGGAUCCGGCUAAUUACAACGGGGUGGACUCUCUGAAAAUACCAAUUACGCAAAUGUGGCGACCCAGCCUCAUUAUUCUCAAGGCUUUCGACGGACAUGGAGUAGUGGGCCAGGAUACGGAUCUCACAAUCGUCUCCCAGCACGGAGUCGUAUCCUGGAUACCGGAGGGAAUUUACAGUAUCGUCUGCAACGUGGACAUCAAAUACUACCCGUUCGACGAGCAGACGUGCACCAUCACCUACUACGUCUCGGAUGAGACCAUCUUGACGGUGCAGCUUGAUCACUACCUCUCCGUGGAUCUCGCUGAAUACUCCGAGAACUCCGCCUGGACCGUCGCCGGGACGAAGCGCGUCAAGUACCUCCAGUACAACACCUACAACAUUGACAUCACGCUCACACUGCAGCGUCGCGCGAGCUUCACGACGUUUACGCUGAUAAUGCCGCUUCUCAUGCUAGCGUUCCUAAACAUCUGCAUCUUCCUUGUGCCCAUCGGUUCCGGGGAGAAGGGCUCGUUCUCGAUCACGAUUUUCCUCUCGUACGGCAUCUUCGUGACUAUCAUCAGCGAUACGCUGCCGCACAACUCGCUGCAGAUCUCGUAUUUCGUGCUGUUUAUCGUCAUCCUGCUCUUACUUAGCGUGAUCUCCGUUUUCUAUACGAUUCUGCAAGCGAAACUCAUUGCGUCCAUCGGCGAUAAGGAGUGCACCGUCUCGUUCCUACGUCCAAAACGCAAAGACCCCAACGCCGUGGAGAAGUUCGCCCCCAACGACGACGAGAUGACGAGUGGGCAAAUUAAAGAAAAGUCUCUUUACAACGAAAAGGCUCCUGUUGACGACGCCGACGAAGUAUACACCUGGGGAAAGUUCUUGGAGCGACUGGAUAUCUAUCUCUUCGUCUUGUUCUUAAUUAUGAUCGUUCUGACCACGGUCAUAUUCUUCAUCGUGCUGCUGAACCAUGCUACCAGGUCCGGCAACAUUCCAGCCGACGACGACCCGCCUGCAACGACACCGGUAUUUCCGGUGUAA